AUGAGCGCUCUGUUGUGGAGGGCGUUUUACUUCGUGUCUGCCGCCACCAUCGUGUCUGGCCAGCUGACUUGGGCCACAACCGAGUACCUUUUCACUUUCGGUGACUCCUACACUACUGAUGGAUACAACAUCUCGGCCGGCGUGAACUCGCCUAACCCUGGUUAUACAUCGUCGAACGGCCCUAACUGGGUUGAGUACCUUGGAGGAACAUACAACGUCACAGACACGAAGGUUUUCAACCUCGCAUCUGGGGGUGCGACCAUCGACGCGGCGCUCGUCGCUCCUUACGAACCUACGGUUCUUUCUAUCGUUGAUCAAGUCACGCAGUUUGAUGAAUAUUUGGCUUCCAAGCCGGCAGGUGCAGAGUGGAAUAGCUCAAACAGCCUCUUCGCGAUCUGGAUUGGCAUUAACGAUGUCGGGAAUUCUUACGGCUGGACGAACGUCACGUCGUUGCCUUUGUUCUACACUGAACUGAUGGACCGUCUCUUUGAACAGGUAGAAACCCUGUACCUCGACGGCGCCCGAUCAUUCCUUUUCAUGACCGUGCCGCCCACCAACCGCGCACCACUGCUGCUAGAACAGGGUUUUGAGGCGGUUGAAAAAAUCACUGGAGCGCUCGCCAAUUACAACGGGCAGCUGACGCAAUACGUCGACACCUUCCAAGCGACACACCCUGGCCUCGACCAGGUGACGCUGUUCGACACCCGUCCGAUUUUCAACACGCUGCUGGAUAACGCGCCCACCUUCGGAUAUUACAACGUCACGGGCUACUGUGCCGCCUAUGAAAACGGCACCCCCACCAUCACGACUUAUGAGCCGCCGUGUGCGCCGGUGACAAAUUAUUUCUGGCUGAACACGUUGCACCCGCUGUGGACGGUCCAUAAUGUGCUCGCACACUCCAUAGCAACUGUGCUCAGCAGCUACACCUAUCUGAAUGUGUAG